CCCAAAGUCACCGCGACGAGGUCCCUGGAGACAUUAUACAAUUCAGGAGGUAAAAGCAUCACCUGUUUGUCUGGACAGGGCUGUUUUGUGGACUGCAGAGCACAGAGAAGGAAGCAUGCCCACUGACCAGGAGCCCACCUACACUGUGAAGCUGCUGCAGCUGCUGCUGCUCUCCACCUACUGGGGAAUGCAGAUCUGGGUCACCUUCAUUUCAAGCUUCGUCAUGGACAACCACCUGAACAGACACACGUAUGGAUUUAUUCAGAGUCGCCUUGUUCCGUUCUACCUCCACCUGGGUUCAGCCUGCGCCUUCUUGAACCUCACCAUCUACACUGUGCAUCAUCCCAGAGACAUGCUGAACGACAGGGAGUCCUUUCAGAUUUUCAUCUUCUUUGUAUCGGUGACGGUUGCAGCCGUCAACGCUCAGUGGUUCGGCCAGAUGACGUCAGAGAUCAUGGCGGACAUGCAUCUUAUUGAACAGGCCUGCGGACUGGGUCAGGAUAUCGGACUGUCGUCCAACCGCGAAGCUUACGCCAAACUGUGCGAGACGGAUGCCAAGUACCGCAUCCUGAGCAGUCGCCUGUGGCUGUACAGACUGCUGUCGUCUCUGUGUAACCUCUGCUGCAUAGGCUGCAACUUCUACAGUCUCUGCUACAUGGCUGAGAACCUCGUGGGGCUGUGAAGCUGGACCGUUCAACACAAUCCCCACAAUCACA